AUGUCUCUCGCAAAAGAUGAAAUUGCGACGUGUGCCAAGCGCCUGACGUCUUCCAAUGAUAGAAGGCACUACAACGACAUCGUGAAACUAGUGUCCCAGUAUCCUGAUUUUAGCAACAUUGAACAAAGUACUUUUGAAAGUCAAGAGCCUAAUCUUCGGUACCUGACACUGGCGCUUUUGCCUGUUUUUCGAAAGCUUUUCACCCGCGGUCAAUUGAACCCAACUAAAGCUUCGUCGGCAAGUGAAAAGCAGCUAUUUCAGUGGUGCCGUAAAUUAUACAACUCUUUCAAGUCCAAACUGCUACAUUGCAUCACCGCCGUACCGUUUGAGUCGUCUUUGGCCUUGGACUGUCUCGAUGCAUACAUGCAGCUUCUAAAUCAAGAGGCUAUUCAUUUGGCAUCCCAUGCAGACGCUCCUUUUUUCCCCAACAAAACUUUGAAAGCACUCAUUUUGGCUUUAUUCAAAUGCAACCUUCCAAGCAGUGUGGACGCAGCAGAUGGCCACUCUAAAAAUCCCGUUGUGUUGGAAUUUGCCCAAAGCUACUAUCGGAAAUACGUGGACAUUCAAUAUUACUUUCAAGCGGAGCUAGCUGGCAUAACUCUGGAGUCCGACUUUCCCAAAACCGUCGAUCACACUCAGCUUAUGGCAAAGUGGCUUUGUAUUAUGAAUCACGAUAACCACUACACCAACGAAGACGCUGACUUGGAAAUAUUUGUCCCGCAACCACCACAAGCGAUGGAAAACGAGAGUCAGUUCAAAACCAAUUUGGAGAAGAACUGGCUUUUCUUCCUCAACUUGGGGGAACUACCUGCAACGCAAUACAAAACCACUCUUCUCAUUCUGCAUAAAAGAAUAAUACCUCAUUUUAACACGCCAUCAAAGCUUAUGGACUUUUUGACCGAUUCUUACGAUCUAGGGGACCAUGUCAUUUCUUUACUCGCCCUGAACGGGUUGUUCGAGCUUAUGAGAAGGUACAACCUUGAGUACCCUCGUUUUUACUCAAAGCUAUACCAGCUGGUAACACCUGGUCUAAUGCAUGUGAAGCACAGAUCGCGGUUUUUGAGACUGACAGAUCUUUUCCUGUCGUCUACUCACAUAUCGGCGAACUUGGUAGCUUCUUUUAUCAAGCGACUAGCUCGGCUGACAUUAGAUGCACCUCCCAGUGCCAUCGUUUCUGUUAUGCCUUUCAUUUACAAUUUGCUGAAGAAGCACCCCACAUGCAUGAUUAUGCUGCAUGAUCCAGACUUCAUCUCCGAUCCUUUCGCGGAGCCGCAUCAGGUUGCAUUAGUCAAACAACGCAGAAGUCAGUACGAAGAUCCUUACUUGAUGGACGAGGUGAACCCAGAAUUGACGAACGCGAUGGGCAGCUCACUGUGGGAACUAGAUUCCCUCACAAAUCAUUAUCACCCCAACGUGGCUACGCUCGCGAAAAUAUUUUCUCAGCCCUUCAGAAAGCACAGUUAUAACAUGGAAGAUUUCUUGGAUUGGUCGUACGAUUCGCUGUUGCAGGCUGAAGUCACUCGAAAAUUAAAAGUGUCCCCUGCUCUGGAGUUUGAAGACCAAGGCGCGGCUUUCGGCAAUUACAUAAAAUGUGUAAAUUGGUGA